AUGAGGAUCGUCUUCGACGCAUCCUCUCAUGACGCUGGCACCAGCUCGCUCAAUGAUAAUGUGAACGCGGGCCCCAACCUAAAUCCGGAUAUCAUGCCACUACUUAUGAACUUCCGCCUUUAUCCAGUAGCCUUGGUAUCGGAUGUACAGAAGGCAUUCCUACAGAUCGCCAUACACGAGGAUAACAGAGACGCGCUUAGGUUGCUGUGGUACAGCACCACGCCGGUAGACGGCCAGCUACUACCUAACGUUGAAACGUGGCGCAUGACUAGGGUGACUUUCGGCACAGCCCCUAGCACGUUCCUCCUGGCAGCCACGUUACAGCACCACAUCCAGCGGCACGCCAGCGAGCAUCCGAGACUAGCAUGGAUACUUGAAAAUUCCAUUUACGUGGACGACGUUAUUUUUGGUGCGGCGAACGAGGAGGAGGCAGCGGAGAUGUACACCGAAACCUUACAGCUGUUUGGAAAGGCUUCCAUGAAGCUCCAAAAAUGGGGUUCGAACAGUUAUACGAUGCGCGAGAAGUUUAAGUCAGAACCGGAUGCUGCUUUGAUUGGAAACACAACGAAAGUACUUGGCAUUCCUUGGAACCAGGAGCAGGACAAGGUCGUGCUGUAG